GAGGAACUGUCAUUUCAUUUACAGCUAUACCGUCAAAAUUACCCCACAGUAAUUUGUACAACAGUAACAGUAAACAAAUUAAUGCAGUGACACAACCAGACACAGAUAGAUAUGAACAAGAAGAGGCCUAAAACCUGAAUGAUGAAGACUUCUACUUUAGCAGGCAUUGGCAUUGGAGUGGUGAUGUUUAUCCUGCUCAUCAUUGGUAUCGUGGAGAUGUCCAAGUUUGCGGAACACCAGGGAAGCUCCAGCACGAACCAAUGUCCUCACAGACUCAGCCAGAGGCACGUCAUCUCCUUGAGUGAGCACAACUUGAACAGGAGUGUGAUGAUGUCACUAGGCGAGAGGUUUCCCUACGUCAUUGCUAUCACGAGGAACGCUACCAAUCUAUGGACGUUUGCCUGCUUCGCUAGUGUUAUACUGAUGCAGUGGAUUGUUACGUCUGCGCAUUGCAGGGUCGCCGGCUACAUCCACCGCGCGAUCCUGUUCAACGACUUCGCUCGCAACCAGACCUUCGCCUUCCCCAUCCUGUACUGGCGUCUCCACGAGAAGUACAACAGCUCCCUGGCCAAGUACGACAUCGCAGUCGCCAAGCUAAACCUGCACAGCUACGAGCCGAGCAUGAAGCCAGCAGUCUUCGACGAAUCCAUGGUCACAGAGGUCGAAGCCAGUGUGUGGAAGACAGUAGCCACUAUGGAUAAGAAAGUCUACCUCACCAACCAUUUUGACAAGUAUGAAGUGAGGAUCGCAGAUCCAGGCAAGUGCUACGAGAGCUACGGAGUCCCAGUAGACGACAGCACCAUUUGCAUCGACACCUCAGCUUAUGAAGAUUGUUUUGUACACGAAUAUGGACCUAUUUACUCAGGAGAUAAAGUCGUCGGUAUCAUAGCAGUGAAGCCGGUGGACUGUGAGAUGAAGCUGGCCAUCUUUACCAAUGUAUCUUACUUUACCAACUGGAUUUUAAGGACUACGUAUGAUGGAUGAUGCGUUCUUUA